CUUUGGCAGCAGAGAUGUUGCUGAAGCGGAUCUGGGCCGGCUUGUCGCGGUCCACAUACGCCCCUCCUUUGUUGCCCCCUUUCGGUAUCGCCAUGGCUUCAGGCAUUUCGUCUAAAUAUCCGAUGGGAAAUAUUGAUAUUAGGCUUUAGAUGUGAAUGGAUGAAGGCUCGUGGCUAAAAAACCGCGGUUCGGCCUCGGAUGGACUUAGAUUGAGGCGUGAUCCCCGGGUGCCGUUAGAAACUUCCAGAGCCACCGGCUGCCACAGAGGAAAGGAAGGACCCGGCUGUCAAGACCCCGACGCAUGGAGAUGACGUAAUCAGGCAUUUGGACUGCGGGAGCAGGCAUGCAGAAAGCGCCUCACUGAAAAGCAAAUGCUGCUCGGCUUCUUUCUACUCUUGUCUCCAGAAUAAACUCCGUAUCGGAUGACAGUGAUGUUGCCUCUGAAGGAGAAGGAUAAACCCAUCGUCAAGAAGCUGCUGUCAGCUGGCUGCUGUGCUCGCUGUGUCCUCAGGUUCUGCUGCGUGAGCGUCCAGGCUGCGUAUCGACAAGCACAUCAGGAGACGCUUAAAGAACUACAGGCUUUCAUUAAAGAAAAGGAGACCAAUGAAGUUCAGGAUUCAAUGCCUCAAACCUCCACCCAUGAGAUCCUCAAAUCCCAUGAUGCAGCGUUGUCUAUAGAUGUUGAAGAGCCUCCCUGUAAAAGAGCUAAGCCGGAUCCCACAGAGACUGAUGGGUCAGAGUCAGGUUCUGCCGCCCUGGUCUCACCAAAGAACUUGGACCAACGGGUCUGUGUGGUGUGUUUGGGAAUCCUUCAGGAUUUAUGUGGCCCAGCUCAGGCAAAAAAGAUUGCUGAGACAGUGAAGGCCGAAAACUACCAGUUUGACACGCUGGUCCUGUCCGUCUCUCUGCCUGCGCAGCUCUGUGUGCGUGAGCACUCCUGUUGGCUCCACGUAAAGAAGGAAGUCAGAGAGAAGGGAUUAGUGCUGGACAAAGAUGAUGUCAUCCAGGUGAAAGAGGCCUUCAAGUGGAUCAUACAGGGUUUGGUCGCAAAAGAGCUCGUCGGCGUUGCUGUGGUUGGUAAGAGCCCAUUUGAGGUUGGCGUGGAGUUCAUCCACCCAGAGACGGAGUCCGACUGCCACUUCCUAGCUAAAUCCUGUUCUGAUUGCUUUAAACCCACCAAGAACAAACAGUCGGUGUUCACCCGCAUGGCCGUGGUCAAAGCUCUGGAAAAGAUCUCUGACGCUGCGUUUCUACAACAUUACCCCUGUCCUCCAUUAGAGGCGAGCAGCGGCUGCACGCCUCAGGACAUCCAGUGCCUUCACGUGUCUGUCUUCAUAGCAGGGAGGUAUAACAAGUUCUGCCGCAGCCUGCCACAGACUCCCUGGGUGAUCGAUGGAGAGAGGAGGAUGGAGUCGUCUGUAGAGGAGCUGAUCGCUGCUCCGAUCCUCUCUGCCUUCAGAGCUGACGGAUUUAAUUUCUCCUCCUCGGGCAGAGAGGAUGUGGAUGUCAGAACUCUGGGAAACGGACGUCCGUUUGCCAUGGAGCUGCUGAAUCCACACAGAUGCCGGUUCAGCAAAGCGGAGAUGAAGCAGCUUCAGGAGACCAUAAACGAGUCCUCAGAGAAAGUCAAAGUGAGAGACCUGCAGAUCGUAACCAGAGAGGCCAUGAGUCGGAUGAAGGAGGGAGAAGAAGAAAAGACCAAGUCGUACACGGCACUCGUCUGGACCCAGAAGGCCAUCGAGAAAGAAGACAUCGCCUUUAUUGACGACAUCAAGGAUCUGACUCUGGACCAGAAGACUCCUCUACGGGUUUUGCACCGACGGGCGUUGGCCAUCCGGCAGAGGGUCAUCCACAGCAUGAACGCCCGCUUCGUUGACCCGCAUCAUUUCUACCUUGGACUGAAAACACAGGCUGGAACCUACAUCAAGGAGUUCGUCCAUGGAGACUUUGGCCGCACUAAACCCAACCUGUGUCAGCUGCUGAAGACGGACACCAACAUCCUGGAGCUGGACGUGGAGUCAGUGGAUGUGGACUGGCCCCCACCCAUACCAGAGUGAAAGACAGUCCCCCUCCCCUCAUGGCUCAGCUCUGAGCGGACUGGUUCUGGUGCGGCUCGGCACUGGACUGGCCUUUUGAAGUGCUGCUGGGAGGCUGGAUGAUCUCGAUGUGGGAACGUGGCGCCUUCCUCCGUUCUGCUCGUUUUUGGCCCGGAUGAGUUUUUCUGUUUUUGUGGACGUAGCAAACGACCGAACCUCGAGUUUGAUCAUCGGUCUAGUUCUGUUGUAAUGAGCUGAAAUCGGGUCAUUUUUGUAGCCGGGACCAUUUAAAGCUGAAUAAAGGUUAACCUCCUGGUCCAACUGAGGCAGGUUCCCCAUCAGACGCUCACAAUGACGCUCUGUCAGAGAAAGGAGUGUUAUGCUGGAUUUUGUAUCUCAGUUAAAAAGUCCAGCUGAAGCAUCUAAAUCCCAGUUUCUUUUCUGUGGGACUUAAAAAGUCUUAAACCUUUAGAACAAACAUUAAACCUGUGGGGUGGAUAUAUCCACAUUUAUUCCCUCCCACCAGUCCAACCUUAAAUCUGAACAGAUUUAUUCACUAAUGAAAUUGUUUUUUUUUUCAUUAAGAGCGGCAAACUUACUCCUCCCUAAUAAAGAUCAAAUCUUAAAUUUA